GCACCCCCACCCACUAACGAAAACAUAGACUAAGGUCUGACAGGGCUCGAUAUCCGAGACAGAUCUUCGAAUACAUGUGCAUAAAACCUGGGGAGAGGACAAGGCGAAAGGGCUGUUCACUCUCCGUCGGCAUAUUGAUGACUAGCGUCUUUGUUGAUCUGGGAAACAGGACGAACCGACCCCCGCAGACAAUCUCGAAUCCUCUCGCCAACAGUCCUGUUAUUGCUGCCAUCGCACCACUAUCUAGGUUUAUGGCAGGCAUAUUGAUUGCCAAGGUCGAUAGCCCGGGUUGCUGUCUUGCUCAAGCAUUCACCGCAAUGCUGGUCAUUCCUGGUAAUAUGUGUAGUGACGUGCCCUAGACCUCAUUUUCUUGCAGUUGGUGUGGACCCUGUUCAUACUGUGUAGACCACCUGACGGCCCGCUGAAGAUCAAUAUGU